AUGGAGCAAGCUCAUGAAAUCGAGCUGGUGUCAUUAGCAUGGAAACUAAGGAGGAGUGUUGAGAUUAGUUCCCAUGCAAAGGUGGCCAUGCAAGAAAAAAGGGGCAGCAGGCAAUCGAGCCAUGGUGUGCAGCAGCUAGAGCUUGAAGUUGCCGAACUACUUGCUGCAUUUAGUUGUAAUAACCCCAAAGCCAAAAGUAGGGAGAAUGAAGUUAGAGGAGCUACGAGUGCCUCCUCUCCUGACCACCAAUCAGAUAAUGAAGAAACUGACGUAGCUCAGUCUGAACAGAGCUUAGACCCCUCUCAUUUGAAACGCCUCCGCAGGAUGCUUUCGAAUAGGGAGUCUGCCAGGCGGUCAAGAAAAAGAAAGCAAGAGCAUCUCACAGAUCUUGAAUUUCUGGCUGAACAAUUGAGGGGAGAAAAUGAUUCCCUCUACAGGCAGCUUACAAAUGCUCAUCAACAAUUUCGUGACGCUGACACUAGUAACCGAGUGCUUAAGUCAGAUGUGGAAGCCCUGAGAGUCAAGGUAAAGUUAGCAGAGGAUGUGCUUGCUCGAGGCUCCCUCCCAUGUGGUUUGAAUCAACUUGUGCAAACUCAGUUAACUUCACCGCAAAAAAUUGCUUCUCAUAAUCAUAGUCUUGGGCGGGUGGCAAAUGUCUCACCCACCAUUACCAUCCAUGGAGAUGUUUCCUCUAAUUCUGGAUUGACUAUUUCUGGGGAUAUCAGCAAUGUCAAUGCCAAUCUCAAUAAUGGAACUGGUGCUGAUGCUGCUGUGAGUUGUGUUUCUGAAAUUUGGCGUUAAGGACUGCUUUGUUUGAUUAGAUCUAGCUAAUGUUAUACA